CAUGGUGGAAGCAAGAAUAAGCUGCAGCUUAUUAUUACUAGGAAAACCAUUCUCACCACACACCAAGAAGCUGUAGUAUAGCUCCUUCGUUUGCUGCUGUGGACCAGGCUCUGCACAUGGCACUUAAGAGUAGAGCUGUUAAGGAUUCUUGUUUCCAUGAAGCCUGUAUUCUGGUGAGUUUGGGAGAAACAAAAUUUGAACUUCUUCAGACCUCAGUGUAACUACAAAACAUUUGGCCAAAAAGGCAUUAGGCAGCUCGUUUUCCUUGGGCUAGGUUUCUUUACACGUGACAGUAAUGAUCACAAAAACAUGAUUAGAAGCUAGAUGAGCUUCCUGUGGCCUGGUUGGGGGUUCAGGUCCUAAAAUGCUGGUUGGAGAUAACCAGGUUGAGUAGGUCAGCUGAGCCCGAGCUCGGCGAUCAGGGACUUUUAGAACUCCCUUACGGGCCAACUAGUCUCCAGAAGAAGAGGAAAACAUUGCCACCGUUUGGGCGAGAACUGUCCGCUUGGCCUUCUGGGACCUGGGGAGUUGCGGCGCAUGCUGGGACGCCUAAACUCUGAGGGUAGCCAUUGCCCCGCCUCAAGGACGGACAAGAGCAGUAACCAAUCAGAGAGGGCAGCGUGCAAGGCGUACGGAAGCGGAAGUGAGGUUUCCGUGGAGACAACCCAGCCUGCGGAAGGCGGCGGCGUUACCACCUAAGGACAGAGGCUGGGGCUCGGCAUGGUGGCGCGUUCUGCACUGUGAGAGCGCAGCGGCCGCUGGAUCGCCAUGCGACGGCGACCCUGACAUGGGCGCCAGCAGCUCCAAAGCUCGGGGCCUUUGGCCCUUCACCUCGGCGGCGGGAGGCGGCGUCCCGGAGACUACGGGCGCUGAGCAAGCCUUGGUGAGGCCUCGAGGCCGAGGGGUGCCCCCCUUCGUAUUCACGCGUCGCGGUUCCAUGUUCUAUGACGAGGAUGGGGAUCUGGCUCAUGAGUUCUAUGAGGAGACAAUCGUCACCAAGAAUGGCCAGAAGCGGGCCAAGCUGAGGCGGGUGUAUAAGAAUUUGAUUCCUCAGGGCAUCGUGAAGCUGGAUCCCCCCCGCAUCCACGUGGAUUUCCCUGUGAUCCUCUACGAGUUGUGAGCCUGGUGGGUGACGGACACAAGGACCCCCUCUGACCCAGCAAGAAACUUCCAGUCUCAAGGUGUGGCUUCCAUUGAGAAGCCCAGGCUGGGGCCACAGCCCUGCAUAAACUCUGUUGGCCCAGCUGUGAGCAGGGCAGUCCUCGGUAUAAGUUGAGUAUUGGGUUGUGUGUGGACAAGAGAGUGUUGGUGUCUGGCAAAGGCUAAUGGGAGAGUUACCAGCAGAGCUUUCCCAGCCACAGGGCAUAUGCCAGUCAGGAAUGUGUGGUUCUUGGUUCCAAGCUUGCCUAGGGCCCAGCCUUACUAGAAGCUACAGCACUUUACAUGCAAAGUCUGCCUUCUUCCAGCCCCUGGGCUUUGGGAGGUCUACACAAGUGGGAACUUCCUUUCCCUCACUUCCUUUACCCCCUAGUCAGAGCAUUUCAGCCGUUUGCUACCUCGAUUCUUCCUAUAUUGGACAGAGGCUGGGGACAGCACCAGCCUGAUUCUUCCCACCUACCUGCCAUUUGUUCCCACUUUCAGAUGGACAGUUUGCUGGCUGUUAACUGGAAUGAGGACUGGUAUGGGUAGCUUCUUCCUUUCCCAGGGCUUGGCUGAUCACUCCCCAGUGCAACUAGUUAUUGCCCUCUCCUCAGUUAAGAGGUACAGGCCAGAGUCAGAACAGGUUGUGUGGAUGUCUGUGCCUAUGGGUAGUUCCCCCGAGACUAUUCUAACCUUCCCCCAUGCCUUUGCACCAGCCAUUCCCCCUACCACCCAGUUGGGAGGGUAGUGGACCCUGUGAUUAAGAACAACAUACUAGGGCUGGUGCCAGUAGUGCUAUGAGGAGACCACCACUCUUCCCCCACAGUAUCUUCACCCCUUCUGCAUCAGUCAAGGGAAAGUACUAGGGCCCCUUGAUAGGGACAGAAAGGAGGGCAAAAACAUAAAAGGAAUACUGUACUUAAAAUGUGAAGAUUUGUAAAUAGUCUAGUCCAUGAUGUUGGGGCAGAGUCUGAUUUCUACAUAGAAAUGACUUUUUUUUUUUCUUUUAAUUCCUUAUUGUGCAAGCUCUGUGCUUCUAGCGUGGGACAUCGCUUGGGGAUGGUGCUCCCCAGCAUAGGAAGAUUGUUGUGUUAUUUGUUCGAUUUCAAUAAAAUUAUUUGUAGAUCCUGUA